AUGGCGAUAGACGGAGGUAUAAGCGUCCCGGCGAGAGACAAUGGCCUGCCUACGCAAGACCCGCCAACCUUGCCUAUGGUGCUAGAAGCUCUCAUGCAGCCGCAUUUUACAGACAUGGAACGGAGUAGAAGAGCGCUUCCCGAUAAUGCUGCCCAGGUGUUAUGGGUACAAUUUUUGUAUAUCAAUUCCGUGGAGGUAGUGAGAUGA